GCCAAUGUAACUAACUUCAACUAACUCAUUCCCUCCAUUCCCUUCUUCCGGUCAGUACCCAAAAAUUGACGAAAACAUCCGGUUCGCAUCAUAACCAUAAUACUGAUCUCUUUCAGCAAGUAUUUGUAAGAAAAGUAUUCUUGGCUAGUCACAAUGUCGAUCGGAGUUCCCAUUAAAGUACUUCACGAAGCGGAAGGCCAUAUCAUAACCUGUGAGACGAAUACCGGCGAAGUAUACCGCGGGAAAUUGAUAGAGGCGGAGGAUAACAUGAAUUGUCAGAUGCAGAAUAUCACGGUAACGUAUCGGGACGGCCAGGUGGGACAGCUGGAAAAUGUAUACAUUCGUGGCUCGAAAAUCAGAUUUCUUAUAUUACCGGACAUGCUGAAAAAUGCACCCAUGUUCAAACGUCCUGGUGGCAAGGGAUCAGGCACCGCUGGUAGAGGAAAAUCCGCUAUAUUGCGCGCUCAAGCUCGUGGCAGAGGAAGGGGACAGAAUCAAAGAGGCAAAGGUACUGGUUCGGCACCUUGGCUUAAUCAACAAAAUCAACCAGGAGGAUCUCAAACUGGCAGAGGCAGGGGAUAAGCUUUAUAAUUUUAGAAUCUAAAAUAAAAUUGCAAUUUCAUUUCCAUAUUUUUAUAUCAUUUCUAAACAAUAUCUCUGAAUAUGUUC